CCCCUGGCUGUGUGUCUGCUGUGCCCAGUCUCCAGUCUGUCGGCCCUUCAUGGAGCCCCCCGGACUCCUGCGCUCUGCCUGCUCCUCCUGACACAAAGAAGCCAGCAUCCAGCUGCCCAUCACUGCCUGCCUGUCACCCGAGCUGGAGCAGCCCGGGGACGGAGGGAGGCUGCCCCCCGGACCUCUCACUCCACCACCCCUGGGAUUUAUGGUUGCUUCUUGGCCCUCCUCAGGCACCAUGCAGCCCCCUCCAAGAAAGGUGAAGGUUACACAAGAGCUGAAGAACAUUCAGGCCGAACAGAUGACGAAGCUGCAAGCCAAGCAUCAGGCAGAAUGUGAUCUCCUCGAAGAUAUGAGAACGUUCAGUCAGAAGAAGGCCGCAGUGGAGAAGGAGUACGCACAGACCAUUCAGAAGCUAGCGAGCCAGUACCUGAAGAAGGAGUGGCCUGUGGUGAAGCCGGAGGAGAGGAGUGAGUACAGGAACAUCUACAUGGUGUGGAAAUCCUUCCUAGAGGGGACGAUACAAGUGGCGCAAUCCCGGAUCAACAUCUGCGAAAACUAUAGGAACCUGAUCUCCGAGCCCGCCAGGACGGUGAAGCUGUACAAAGAGACGCAGCUGAAAAAGUGCGUGGACCAGCUGACCAAGAUCCAGUCGGAACUGCAGGAGACAGUGAAGGAUUUAGCCAAGGCCAAGAAGAAGUACUAUGAGGCCGAGCAGAUGGCCCACGGAAUGCGAGAAAAAGCCGACAUCGAUGCCAAAUCCAAACUCAGCUUGUUCCAGUCGAGGAUAAGUUUACAGAAGGCGAAUGUGAAGUUAAAAGCCCGGAGACAGGAAUGUAACGCCAAAGCCACUCACGCCCGGAACGAUUAUCUCCUCACCCUGGCAGCUGCCAAUGCCCAUCAGGACCGCUAUUACCAGACAGACCUGGCCAAUACCAUGAAGACCCUCGAUGGCAAUGUGUACGACCACCUGAAGGACUAUCUCAUGGCGUUCAGCAGGACGGAGCUGGAGACGUGUCAGGCUGUACAGAACACAUUCCAGUACUUGCUGGAGACCUCCAGUCGGGCUUUCAUGCAGCUGAAAUUCCCUUCCUCGGUGAUGAGAGACUACAACCUCCAGUUAUUCAUCCAGGAGAAUCCAGUAUUUCACAAAGCUCAGCCAUUUCAGUUCCAGCCAUGUGACAGUGACACGAGUUUUAGCGCUGUUCCUCUGGUGGACAUUGAACCUUCUCCUGUCAGUGCUAUGAGAAUUUCUCUAGCCAAGAGUCGGCAGCUGGAGUCCGAGACUGGCACCACGGAGGAGCACAGCCUGAACAAAGAGGCGCGCAAGUGGGCGACACGGGUGGCACGGGAGCACAAGAACAUCAUCCACAGUCAGCGGUUGCUGGAUGAUGUGGAGGGUCAGAGUUCUCCGGCGUCGGAGCCGGGCCGCCUGGAGCUGGAGCAGAGGAUUGAGGAGGUGAAGGAGAGUAUCCGCAAGGCGCAGAUCACCAAGCUGAAGGCAGAAGCUCGUCUGGACCUCCUGAGGCAGAUCGGGGUAUCUGUGGACACGUGGUUAAAGAGCGCCAUGAACCAGGUGAUGGAGGAGCUGGAGAACGAGCGAUGGGCCAGUCUGCCCACCAUGAUCAACAAUGGAUCCUCUCACCUGGGGAACGCGGACUUGGACAGAGAUGACGGUGAGGAGCUCGAGGACAGUAUGGACGCUUUUGAUGACAGCAGCUCCAGUCCUUCAGGAACAUUGAGGAAUUAUCCUCUGACUUGUAAAGUCAUCUACUCUUACCAGGCGUCUCAGCCGGACGAGCUGACCAUAGAGGACCAUGAGAUGCUGGAAGUAAUAGAAGACGGAGAUAUGGAAGACUGGGUCAAGGCAAGAAAUAAAUCGGGCCAGGUGGGCUACGUCCCUGAAAAGUAUCUCCAGUUUCCUACAUCAAACAGCCUCCUGAGUAUGCUGCAGUCACUGGCCGCCCUAGACAACCGCUCUCACACGUCCAGUAAUUCGAACGACGCCGAGAUGGCCUCUGGGAGCAUAAACGGUGACACAAGCGUGUGUUUUGUGAAAGCACUUUACGAUUACGACGGCCAAACGGAAGACGAGCUGUCGUUCCCGGAAGGAGCCAUCAUCCGAAUCUUGAACAAGGAGAAUCAGGACGAUGACGGAUUCUGGGAAGGGGAGUUCAACGGUCGCAUCGGCGUUUUCCCGUCCGUGCUGGUGGAGGAGCUGAGCGGGUCAGAGAAUGGCGACACUCACUGGAUGGAAGACAUUCAGGUGUCCCCCUCCCCGAUGCCGCAGAAUUCUCUCCCACCACUCCCGCUCUAUGACCAGCCCCCAACCAGCCCCAUAUUCAGUCCGGACAAGAGGAGCUCCCUAUAUUUCCCACGGUCCCCAUCUUCUGUGACCGAAAAUAAUCUAAAUCUUGAAUCGCCAUCCACAUCGCAGCCGCCGCGGAUCACCACGGACGGUUACCAGAGCAAGUUACGACCGGUGCGAGCCGCCCCGCCUCCCCCAACACAGGCUCACCGGCGCCCCCCAGAGAAGACAGAAGAUGUGGAAAUUACGUUGGUUUAACAACGGCAUCCAGAUUCUCUGCCGCAGCCACGGUCCAAAUGAGUCAUUUGGUCCCUAAACUUUUCUGCACCUUGUGCAUAUCAAGACCCUGGAGGAUGGGAGACGGAGACACGACAUAUCUGGGACAUUUUGUGCCUUUUUUUUUUUUUUUUUAAUUGCUGUUUUAAUAACUGUGUUCUAGCCUCUCUCAUCGGACAAUAAUGGGGACUAACGUGCAAUCCAAGAACGUGUGGGAUGAAUCGCAGCGGUGCGUUAAGUGUGCCCACCGGAGAACAGAAGGAAAAGUCCUGCCGCCCCUUCAGCUUUGGCAGCUUUGGUUUUUUGGGUUUAUUUUUUUAUAUGCACCCAUUUGUAGAAUUGCAGUGUUUUUUUUAGGCCAUGUUCACAUGUGGUGGAAUUGCUGCGGACGGUUUCAAAACUGCGUCCACUGCAAGACCUGCAUGUUACAUGUGUUACAGAAGCAUCUGACAGCAGCUUAUUCCCCAUAGACAGCACAUGCAUGCUCAGCAGAGCCGAGAAUGCAUGUGUGGGGAUGUCAAAUAUGUGUGGCCAGUUUUUAUAGUGCUGCGAGCUGAAUGCAGGAGUAUUAAAGGGCAAUUUUACUCUUCUGCAUCCAUGAAUUAGGC